AUGGAUUCUGAAAUUGGUUUUAAUUUCAAGUCAAAAAUCGGAGCAGCGGUCGACAAUGAGGCUGCGAGUGAAGGGCCCACGUCGACCCGCAGAGGACGCUGCGAGCUAAGAGCUCACGUCCUGGGCGACCGCGGCGGGACGGAUAAAGCUGCCGCGGAGCCCGAAGGCAACAUCGGCAUUAUCAAGUACGUGGGAGAAGUGAAGUGGGCGAAGGGCCGCUACGCCGGAGUGCAAUUCCACGGACGCGUCGGCCGGCACGGUGGCGAGGUGAAGGGCGUGAAGUACUUCUCAUGCCCUCCUGGGCAUGGAUUGUACAUACCGGUCCAAAAGCCGCAACAACAGCAACAAGUAGCGACAAGUCUGCUGCCGCCUCCACAACUCCAGCCAGGGCAACAGUCGGGCCAGCAGGGUCAAUCCCUCCAGCAGCAGCCCGAGCAACUUCCCUACCAGCCACAGCAGCCUGCUCAGCCCGUGGAACCACCCUACGCGGACUUCCCGCCGCCACCAAGCGAACCGCGUCCAGCCGAGUUCCCGGAGAGCACCUCGAAGAACAAGCCGCCGCCACCCCAGCCCUACUACCCGCAGCAGCAGCAGGCUCAACAAGCCGAUGCUGAGACGAGCACGACCGACAUCGACUCGUCGAUGCCGCAGCACGAAGUUGCGCCUGGAUGGACCGCCACCUACACACCUCAGCUGGUGGUCGAGGUCCCGAAAGUCGCCUCCAAUCCGACGUUGCCGCUCAACGAGAUGGUGCCCGGAUUGAAAAGCAGCAAAACGGCCCCCCUGCGAUCCGACGAUAAGACGAUGACCAUCAGAGUGUUCGUCAUCGCAGAACAGGGCAACCCGGAGUGGCAGCAGGAAGUGUGCCGCGGAAUUGAGCGGCUGAUUGAAGCCAAGCCCGUCUUCCUCGAGCAGAAGGAGAUCGAGGACGGCAACAAUGGGACUGCCGUUAUGAUGGUCGUGCAGGUGCCGUGGACCAGUGGAGUCAGCUUGGCUGAGACGCACGGACUUUUGUGCGCGCUCAAAAGCGAGGUGGGCGGACCGCUGGUGCUGCGCUGCACGGUUGAUGGCUACACGACUGCCGCGGAGAAGGACGACGAGAAACAACGGCUCUUUCGGCCCCUGCGAGCCGAGUGCCCACGUCCUGGGCCGUUGAGGAUGAAACAGCAGCCUGGCCGAGACGCACGGCAAGCUCUGCGCACUCAAGAGCGAGGUGGACGGGCCCCUGGUGCUGCGAAGCACGGUCGUUGGCUAGACGACGGCCACGGAGAAGGCGGACCCGGAUCAACUGCGCUUUGUAAGUUUUCGCGUAGCAUCUUGCACCCCAAACACCAGCUGAAGACUUGCAUCGGCUCAUACGUGUGUCAGGAGCUCCAUCGCCUGACAGCUCUCGGAAUUGCGACAACGCUGAUUGACCGCGGUUGCCAUUGGUGCGUUCGCCAGAAGGGGACGGCCAUGGGAUACUAUCAAGAGUUCCAGACCGAAGUGCCCAACUCCGACGAGCCGAAGGUGGUGAUCGGAUUGACGACGAUGGAUGUGUGCAUAUUGGGCGAGCGGGAGACGAUGCCCGAGAUGCAGGUGGUGGCAAUGGUCGAAUCGCUGACCGGCGUGAAGGCAGUGGCCCAGAACAUGGAGCCACUUUCGACAAUCCGAUAUGGCUUGGUUUGGGCAGUGCGGAUGCAGCUUUCUGGGCAGAAAUCGAAGCAGCAGCGGGCUGCACUGGGAGGCGAGCCCCCACGUCUGGACGGCCGCAGCCGCCGCGGCCAGAAGCCCGAUCUCGUGAACUUCAAGUCACGUCUUCAAGCCGACGUCAGCUUCAUCGUGCUCGACAUCUUCUUGAACGGCGCUGAGAUGAGCUCGUCGCUGGCCCACACCGCGGCGGGGCGGGAUCCCCGUCUGCACUGCAAGUUGUGCGGCUUCAAGACGACCGAGGAGAAGCUGAGGGGCGAAAGCGAUUCUCUGCUUUGCGGCGGCUGUCGCCACCACCUCGAGCGCCGCAGCCCCGACGAUGUGUGCAAUGACACAUACACUUGCCGCAUCUACAGGAGUUGCACCUGGGAGGGCGAUGAAGUCGCCAUCGAUCGUGGGAUCGUGCCGGAAGUGCGUCUGGGACCGCGCUACCAAGCUGUAGCUCGCGGACCCCCUGAAGCCGCCGCGGCCGCCGCAGAAGACGACGGAAAAGAAGGAGCCGCGACAGCUCAAGAUGAAGAGGAUGUUGAAGGCGAC